GGUGGGGGGUGGCACAUGCAGAGAAAGACAUUUACAGCUGCUGCCUGUUGCAGAGAAGCUAUUUCUGUGUAUCACAAGAACAUUAUAGGGGGGAAAAAAAAAAACAAACAGAUCCAUCUGCCUAAGUGAGUCCAAAGAAACAAACAACAACAAAUAAAUAAGUAAAUAAACAGACCACCUAGAGUGAAUUUCAGUACCAUGGCAUGAGCAAAGGGUGGGGGUUUUGUUUUUGUUUUUGUUUUUCAGGAAGGGGGCAGGGAGGUUUUGAGUACAACCUGUGGUCUCUGUGAAGCUCUUUGAGAGUACCCUUACAUUUUCUUGUCCAUUAAAAAAAGAAAGAAAGAAAAAGGAAAGUGUCUCUGGUGCAUUAGUCAUUUGAAAAUGUUACCCAACCGUCUCUAGCAGAGCUUUACUUAUUUUUAUGCCUAGCGUAGCCAGCACACUACCUAUUACUUUGCCCUUUAGACUCUUCCCUUCUUGCCUUUGGCCCAUCUAUUUGUCUUCUUUCUAAUCAAAGCUAACAGAACUUUUUUUUCCCUUAAUCAUUGAUUUUCCUAAAUAAAAUUCACCAGCUUCUAAAGACAUCUAAAACGAGUCAGCCGAGUAAUGAGCUACAUUAGUGGUUUGAUGGCUCCCUGAAAGCUCAGUGGCUUGUCCAGAAACGGUCCUGUGAAAUGUGUUGGCGAGAAACGGGUGAAAAAUAGGGAUGGAAGGCCAAGGGAUCAAAGUUAGUUGGUAAAGGGGAGUACACACUGAUUCAGCACGAAUGCCUCAGCCACAAGGUAGCCAAAGGGAAAAAGAAGGAAGAAAACAUGUGUUCUGAGAAGCAGCAUUUGUACUGAGGUAGAGGCUCUUGCCUCUUCAUACUUUGCUCAGUUUCAUGUGUUGAUAAGACACUUUUUAAGGGGUGUGUGUGUGUGUGUGUAUACCACUGGAAACUUUUUAAGACUCCAAAUAUAUGCAAGAUAAGAUAACAUCUUAGGGACAUUAUUGGUUAGAUACCAACUGUUCCAGAACCUAAUGGAAAGAUGUAACACAUCCCCCUCCCCGCCCCCUCUCCUGUCUUUGGAAAGGUAUUCAUGGAUCAGGCUGCGGUCACUGAAAAUCUUUAUGUACUCUAAGCGAUGUUCAUGAGCUUGACCCCAUAUCCUUCUUAAGAGUUCUUCAGGGUAUUGUGUGUACGAAGUGUAUUAUGGACCAGGUAGCUAGAAUAGGCUUUCAGAUCAAGAUAAACUGUCUCUAAUUCAACAUAUAAGCAAAUUUUCCAGUUAACUAAAGUUGCGACUUACAAAGAACUCAUGAAUAGGCCACGUAUAAAACGUAUCCGUUCAGAAGUUGCCUCAGUUUGAAGGACAUUGCCACCCCUGUAUACAGAAGAUGUUCCAACCUCAUUGCAUCUUCUCCAUCUCAAACAUCAGUCCUGUGAUUCAUUCUCGGGGAAGAAGAACCUAUAAAAAUCAUAGAAUUCCACUUUAAAUUUGUUCUAAAUUUGUAUUAGAUCUCAAAUGAUAGUGGCUAUGGUCAAGGAGACAGAACGGGGAUACUUGAAGCUGUUUGUCAUUGGGAAAACUAAAGUGGGUUUGAGAUUAAAUUUUUUAUAAAAAAGAGAUUAAGGGUUGUCCUGCUUUUGUGGGAUUAUUUUGUUUUGCCUUUGUAUCUGGGGAUGCUUUGGGGCAGGGAAUCUUAGAUUUGGGAAGGCGUGAGAUUGUACUUUCUAAAUCAACCUAUGAGGUCAGGGUGUGUGGGGAUGGGUUUGGAAGUGUGUGUUUUCCGCAGGUUCCCUAGCCGAGGCUGCCAUAUUCUCCUACUUCAGAGUCUCCAAAUCUUGGGGGAAUGCUAAUCCUCUGAUUUUAGAGGGUUUUUUGUUGGUUUGUCUGAAUGUUUUGGGGUUUCCUCCCCUUCGUCUGUUUUCUAUUUCAUUAGCAACCUUUCCCCUCGAUCUCACAAAAACCCGACUCCAGAUGCAAGGAGAAGCCGCCCUUGCUAGGUUGGGAGAUGGCGCAGUGGACUCUGCCCCUUACAGGGGCAUGGUGCGCACGGCCCUGGGGAUUGUUCAGGAGGAAGGCUUCCUAAAGCUGUGGCAAGGAGUGACGCCCGCCAUUUACAGACACGUAGUGUACUCUGGAGGUCGGAUGGUCACCUAUGAACAUCUACGGGAAGUCGUGUUUGGCAAAAGUGAAGAUAAGCAUUAUCCCCUCUGGAAAUCGGUCAUUGGAGGGAUGAUGGCUGGUGUCAUCGGACAGUUUUUAGCCAACCCCACUGACCUCGUGAAGGUCCAGAUGCAAAUGGAAGGGAAACGCAGACUGGAAGGGAAACCCUUGAGAUUCCGUGGAGUACAUCAUGCAUUUGCAAAAAUCUUGGCUGAAGGAGGAAUCCGCGGGCUUUGGACAGGCUGGAUACCCAAUAUUCAGAGAGCAGCGCUUGUGAACAUGGGAGAUUUAACCACGUACGACACAGUGAAACAUUACCUGGUAUUGAACACACCGCUUGAAGACAAUAUUUCCACCCACGGCUUAUCCAGUUUGUGUUCUGGACUUGUGGCUUCUAUUCUGGGAACACCAGCUGAUGUCAUCAAAAGCCGAAUAAUGAACCAACCCCGAGACAAACAAGGAAGAGGACUUUUGUAUAAGUCAUCAACCGACUGCUUGAUCCAGGCUGUUCAAGGGGAAGGCUUCCUGAGCCUGUAUAAAGGCUUUCUACCCUCGUGGCUGAGAAUGGAAGAUACUUUACUCCACAGAGACUGCGGUUUGCAGGGGCAGCACUUUCUCUCUCUAUGGAAUCCCCAUGGAGCUCCCUCUGACUCCUCCUUUUACCUAAGAGCAAUCUGUCUGGUCCAAUCUCUCAAGACCAACCACUGAGACACAGCAAGGCAUUUGCUAAAGGAUGGGACCCAGGCCACUUUGACCUUGGGCCAAGGAGGUUUGGACGUUGAGCUGCUGAUCUGUGCAGAAGCAGCAUCUGCCUUAGAGGAGAACCAGAGACAGCCAGCAUCCCAGACCUGGAUAGACGCCAGCGAUGUGGAAGACUGUAGUGCUUAGGAAACACAUUUAACCUUUGAGCCAGUCAUUUAUUGUUGCGGUUUGACAACUCUCGCUUUUCUGUUAGUGGAGUGCACAUAUUGUAAUCUACACAGAGGCAAAUGAGAAGUCAUGAAUAAACAUCUUGAGUUUUCUUAGUGCUGAAAGAAGUCGCUUAACCUUUUCCUGCAAGGAGGAUGGAAAGAUAAAAGAGGCAACUUGAGGUGAUGUUGGAUUGCAAGGGAAGAGGCCGCUUGAUCCUGGGUCUGCUGCCUUGGCCGGUGUGCUCACUGGUUGCCCCUGCUUUAUGCAUGCUAGAGGCUAGAGAUAUCCCCUGACAGCCACAGUCUGUCAGUAGGAACAGAACGCUGGCUCUGGAACACAUUCCAUUACAACCACAUUGGUCCAUAGCUCUGAGAAGCAUACCCAAGGGAACCACAAUAUACUUGUCUGAGACUGAGCUCUCGGGGUGUUCUUAGGAAGCGCCUCAUACGGUCAUCAGGUUUUUAGGGAUGUUUUGGGAGCAAGCUCACACUCUCUUGUGUCACCCUCUGUAUUUCUCUUCUCUGUUACAUAGAGGAGAGGGCAGAGAGAGAGGAGAGAGAGAGAGAGAGAGAGAGAGAGAGAGAGAGAGAGAGAGCUAGAGAACUCAGAUGCCGUGAAACUUUCAGAAGCCUGAGUGUUAAUCAUUGUGGGUCUCGCCUAUGGUGUGGCAAGUGCUCACCACCUGUGGUUCAUGGUAACCUCUCCAGUCUUUGCAUCCAGUCCUUUUCUCUCUUUCUAGAAAGGUUUCUCCAGAUUCACCUCUACACGCCCGCUCCCCGAGCCUCAGACACAGGGCAUUUUAGGAUGGAUGGCUAUAGCUUAGGGGUAACGGCUGGGGAUAGGACCAGAAAAACUCCGACCACUCAGGCCCAAGGUAGAUCCGAAUAGCUGUUCUGAUGGGCAGAUGCUCCGACACAGAAGCAGCUCCCUCAGUGCUGUACGAAUGAGCGGAUGAAGAAUCACUGCCACUCCCAAGGAGGAAGCACACUUUUAAAGCCCUUUCAAUGUGUAUAACCAUCUCACUUUUCUACUGACAGGAGGUGGAGGUUGAUCCCUGUACAUCUUCAGGUUACCCACCUUUCUGUUGCAUUUGUCAGCCUGCACUUGAGUUGCUAAGUAAUACAUGUUAGCCUAUAGUAUGUGCGUAAGCCCCCAAGUGUUCUGCUCCACAAACUAAAUCACUUUGGGGAGAUUUUGGUUUUUCUAUGUUUUCUAAUGUUUAUGACUAAGUAAAAAAAAAUGGAAUCAAAUAAUUACAUGCAACCUCAACUAUU